AUGGUUUUGAACGUGAUGUUCGUGGUUACGAUAAUUGCCACUUUGAUUGCUGCAACAGCCGGUUUAAAAGAAUUACGACUCCUUGGACAGCUGCCCAUGACCGGGAGCGCAUGGCCGGGCGGAAAGGCGUGUCUGCCGCCCAUAAAAAUGGCUAUAGCGGACAUAAACUCUCGGCAAGGGAUUCUGGACGAUUACGAGUUGAAAUAUGAAUAUAUUGACUCUAUGUGCAAUAGAGGUGCAGCUAAUUAUCGGACAUUUCGUGCGCUCCAUGACAAUCCUCCCUAUAUGAUGUUGCUAGGUUCGGCGUGUUCUUCAUCCUCCGAAUCUACGGCGGAAGUUUCCCAUUUCUACAACAUAACACAGCUAGCAUAUGGUUCUUCAUCGCCAAUACUGUCGGACAGAGAUAGGUUCCGUAAGUUUUUUCGACUGUCUGCCCCCGACACAACGAUGAAUCCAACCCGAAUUGACAUUAUGAGAGCUUUCAACUGGAAAAAAAUAGCAACCAUACAUGAGGCGUUGGAAUUCUUCUCCGUGUCGAUGGAUGAAUUCAUCAAAGACGUGAAAAAAACAGAAAUUGAAAUCAUUUCUCAAGAAGUGUUCGUACAUGAUCCUUUUGACAGAGUGAAGAACUUAAAGGACCGAGACGCACGUAUCAUCGUGGCAGGAAUGUACGAGGACAAAGCAAGGAUGGUGCUGUGUGCUGCAUACAAAGUUGGCUUGUUUGGGCCUAAGGUUGUAUGGAUCUUACAAGGAUGGCUGUCUACAGAGUUCUGGAGUCAAGGACUAGAAAAGAUAUCGUGCACAGCAGAGGAAAUGAGCAAAGUUGUAGAGGGCACCUUCCUCGUGAAUCCGGUCUUCAACAACCCGAUUGAGGAGCGUGGUAUAGCCAAUAUGACAAAUUCAGAGUUCGUGCAGAGGUUCCUCAGCCACCCCGAGUACAAUGAAGGUUCUAAGCCGUAUGACAUAGUAGCGGCGCAGUGCUAUGACCAUAUAUGGCUUGCGGCAUUAGCUCUGAACUGCACAAACGAACGACUUAUGACGAUGGGUAAGGGAUUGUCUUAA